GUCACUCAGAAACAUUCCCAUGGCUAAGUUCAAAGUUCUCAGUGUAGUUUUCUUCGUGCUAUUGACUGUAGGUGUAUGUGUUGCGGGCAGAGCACUCCUUUCACAUGAAGAGGAUGCCGUUGCUGGCUACGUUCAUGGAGGCAUCGGUGUUGAUAUUGGUGGCAAUGUAGCUGGAGGACAUGGUGGUGGUGGAGGUUAUGGUGGAGGUGGCGGCUAUGCAGGGUCAAAUGGUUAUGCAGGCGGUGCAGGAAGUGGAGGGGGUAGUGGUGGUGGAUAUGGAGCUGCAGGGGGAGAACAUGGUGGUGUUGCUGGUGGUGGUGGUGCAGGUGGAGGAAAUGGUGGUGGAGGUGGCUAUACUGCAGGAGGAGAGCAUGGGGGUGGAUAUGGAGGUGGAGGAGGUGAAGGUGGAGGAGCAGGAUACGGUGCGGGAGGUGCAAAAGGUGGUGGUGGUGGUGCAGGUGGAGGAAAUGGUGGUGGAGGUGGCUAUGCUGCAGGAGGAGAGCAUGGAGGUGGAUAUGGGGGUGGAGGAGGUGAAGGUGGAGGUGCAGGAUACGGUGCAGGAGGUGCAAAAGGUGGUGGUGGUGGAGGAGGGGGUGGUGGAGGUGGUGGUGGCGGUGGUAGUGCCGGAAAAGGUGGUGGAUAUGGUGGAGGCGAAGGAGGAGGCAGUGGCGGAGGGUAUGGCGCUGGCGGAGAACAUGGUGGUGCAUAUGGUGGUGGGGGUGGACAUGGGGGUGGCGGAGGAGGUGGUUAUAAUGGAGGAGCCGGAGGUGGUGGAUAUGGCAGUGGAGGCGGCGCCGGAGGCGGUGCAGGAGGAGCUCAUGGUGGAGCAUAUGGCGGCGGUAAAGGAGGUGGAGCUGGUGGUGGAGGCGGGUAUGCUGCAGGGGGUGAACAUGCAGGAGGGUACGGAGGAGGAGCAGGGGGUGGAGAAGGUGGCGGACACGGUGGCUAUGCCCCUUGAGAGUAAACAAACAAACUCUCAUGAGUCUAAUCUGCUCAAGCAUCAAAAACAAUAAUCUCUUUUACGCACUUGUUAAGUAAUUUUAAUGCAUGCUAUGAUAAUGAUUGCCUAAAUUGUGUAUUUGCAUGAAAGCAACUAUGAUAAUGUACGCGACGCCAUCAAGAACUGCGUUAAUUUGUAUUCUUCUUUCAAUUAAUGACUAAAUUAAGAUUAAUAAUUGUGUUCA